GAAAUUCAGUCGCCAUCAGUCCGAGCAGCGGUUCGCGCGCCUGUUUCUCCAAUCUCUGAAUACGCCUCUCGAGACCUCGUAAAUUGAACGCGGGAAAUCAAAACUUAUUUCGAGUUAUAUUUCGCCGGGUGCGUUUUUUCUUGGCAAGCGUUUCGGAAAAAUUGCGUUGACAGUUUUUGAAAACAGCGUGCGGUUGCUGACAAGAGUGAAGUGACAUAAUUUUUCACGUUUUUGGUGACAGAUUUGUUCGAGAACCAACCACUACAUCCAAUUUGCCAUGUUCUAUUGAACAGAUCGAAUCACAAAACAAAUUUCUUUGACAAAAGAUGUUAUCACACCACAUCUCGAAGAAAAGUAGUUGUUAUUGGGACUUUAGAGAUUUUAAUUUGUUAAUUUCUUGAGGUCGAUAUUUCGUGGAAGCUUGGAAAAUAGUAUUUUGAAAUUAAAUUGAAAUGACUAACCGAUUUUCAAAGAAACAAAUAUUAGCUAGCUGCACCAUAUUGGUGUUAUUAGCAUUAGUUAUAUUCAUUUGGGUGGAAUUCAGUCAAGGGACAUUUAUUACCAAACGGCAGUAUACUGCCAUAAAUAUAACAUCUGCUGCUUACAAAAAUGGCGAAACUCAAAACACAACCACAAGGCAUAAAGAAUAUAUUCAAAAAACACAUCUGGAUGAUUUGGAAACCAACGACGUGGAAUUCGUGAAACCCUUAAAAAUAAAUGAUUUAAAUAAUACAGCUCCAAUUGAUUCGCAAGAACGUAUCAAACAUGAUUCGGGUCAUUUUAGACAGAAGCAAGACGAAAGCUGGGAUUCCCAUCCGCAAUAUGAAAUUGAAGCUUUCGGACGUAAACUUUAUUUAGAAUUGGAACACAAUAACAAAUUCUUGUCUCCCAAUUUACAUAUUGUAACACACUUCAGGGAAGAUUUUACUCAAAGGACAAGACACGAUCCUAGAAUAUCUGGUUGUUAUUAUACAGGAAAAGUGAGGGGAGACAAAGAUUCCAACGUCGUGGUAUCUUUAUGUGGAGGAAUGAUGGGGUAUAUUAGAACUACCGAUUGCACAUAUUUUAUUGAACCGGCCGAGAAAUUAACCGAAGGAUCAUCUGGCAGUUUAAUUCACAGAAUUAAGAGGCUACCGCAUCCUACAAGAAAAAUUAAUGAUGUCAAUUCAGAUAUACAAUUUGAUGAAAAUAAUGAAAACCGUACAAUAAUUGAGGAAGACUACCAAGAAACCGAAUAUACAAUCAAGAAUCAUCGUAUAAGAAGACGUUCGAUAUUGCAGAACAAACAAGAUGAAGAUGAUAUUGAAGGUACCUGCGAUGCGGUGGAUGAAAGAAUAUGGCAUAGUUCGGCAGAUGCUCGUCCACGACGUAACGCUGAAUGGAGUAGCACGAAUAGAAUCAGUAACGAGAGCUUCGUUAAAGUAUUGGUUGUAGCUGACAGUAGCACGCUUAAAUAUCAUGGAGAUCAUGAAGAUUUGGUCAGCUAUAUUCUAAUGUUGAUGUCGCAUGUUUCGUUUCUGUUUAAAGAUGAAACGAUUGGGAACGCAAUUUCCUUAUCAGUUGUAGAUUUUCAAGUACUGAGCACACAAGAUUUUUCCAAUAUAAAUUCCUCAGGUAUGUUGAUUAAAUUUUGUAACUGGACGAAGCGCAUUCCAACCAAAGAUCGUUUGCACAACGUGGCGGUACUAUUAACAAGAGAUACCAUAUGUCGUAAUGAAUCAACACCUCAACAUUGUACCACACUAGGUGUCGCUGAAGUCGACUCGAUGUGUCAAUCCGGAUGUGCUAUAGUAAGAGAUAAAGGAUUAGCUACUUCUUAUACUAUAGCUCACGAAUUAGGUCAUAUUUUGAGUAUGCCGCACGAUGAAGACAAGAAAUGCGAAAGGUUUAAUAGAUACAUUAAUAAUACGAAUAUCAUGAGUAAAGUAAUUAAGAAGGAUACUAAACCGUUUACAUGGUCACCUUGUUCGAGAUAUUACAUCACCGAAUUUUUAGACUCAGAAAGAUCCAGUUGCAUGAGACUCCCACCAAUAAACAAUUAUCUACCGGUUUUUCCGUACACGGAAACAUUACCUGGUGAUAAAUUCGAUUUAGACACUCAGUGCGAAUUAGAGUUCGGACCUGGACGAAAAGUAUGCCUGUCAGGAGUACCUUCUGCACCAUGUGAGCAUUUAUACUGCACUGCCAAUAACACGGAGUACGCUUGCACAUCAACAUUUUCCCCAUGGGCCGACGGUACCAACUGCGGAGAUGGUUAUGAAAAAAAGGUUUGUUUCAAUGGUCAAUGUAGAUAUGAAUUUGAACUGAUACCAGUGGAUGGAGGAUGGGGUCCGUGGAUGGGAUAUGGACCGUGCAGCAGGACAUGUGGUGGUGGGGUGAGAGCGUCUCAAAGAUAUUGUAAUUCUCCCAAGCCUGUUAAUGGGGGACAAUACUGUAUCGGGGAGAAUAUAAGAUAUGAAUCUUGUAACACGUUAGACUGUAAUAUUAAUAGUGUAGAAUUCAGGGCGCAACAAUGUUUGGAAUUCAAUAACCAAACACACUAUUGGUACCCUGAUUAUGAUAUAGAAAGGCACGAAGACCACUGCAGACUCUUUUGCAUUCCGAAUAACAUUAAACCCAGCUUCAGGUUGUUGGAUAAAGUUGUGGACGGUACAAAAUGCGGACCAUCGGGAUUCGGAAUAUGCGUUAAUGGUAUCUGUAAGACGGGCGGUUGUGAUAAUAAAUUGGAUUCUACGGUUUUCUUAGAUGAUUGCGGCAUUUGUGGAGGUAACAACAGCCGUUGUCAAGAAAUUACUGGGAAAUACAACACUCCCGCGGAAACUACUGGGUACAAUAGAGUUGUAAGGAUACCAAAAGGCAGUUCAAACGUUAAUAUAACGCAAGAUUCCUAUCCGCACGUCGACGAUAAUUAUCUUGUACUGAUCGAUGGUGAAACUGGAGAUUCGCUUCUUAAUGGUAACUUCAUGGCGAAUACAGACGGUUUAGAUAUCAAAUUCGGUAACAUCAAGUUGAAAUAUAGCGGAUCCGGUACGCCCGUAGAAUGGAUAAAUAGCGAAAAGAAUAAGAAGCUUCCCAAGGAUUUGGUCGUUAGUUUUUUGUCUAUGAGGACUUUAUCGCCUCCGAAUAUUCAAUACCGAUAUGUCAUAGAUGUCAAAGAAGCGCCUAGGUAUCCAAGAUAUCAUUACAGUAUCUACAGGGGAUUUGUAAGAAGUUAUGGUUGGCAGAUAACUCAGAAUCAAGUUUGGUCGAAGUGCAAUUCCAUUUGCGAAGGUAAAUCCUUCAGAACUCCGAUAUGUGUAGAUUUGACAACGCAGGCCGAAGUUCCGACAACGUUUUGCGAUAACUUGGACGAAAGUCAAGUGCAAAAACGAGAUUGCAACAUGAAUUGUCAGUUGACUUGGAAUAUUGAUUGGAGAAGCGAAUGUUCACCGCAGUGCGGAAAGGGGAUUCGAAAUAUCCAUUACAACUGUAUGAAGAUGGACAAGAAUAAUCCAUCGUACAAUGAACGUGUCAAUGACAGACAUUGUACCGUUUUACCAAGACCCCCUGCAAUGGAAUCUUGCAAUACUGUCUGCAAUACAACAAGAUGGAACUAUUCUCCAUGGUCAGAGUGUAGUAAAACCUGCGGGGGUGGUAUACAAAGAAGAACAGCAAAAUGCGUGGACUAUAAUUAUACACCUAUAGAUGAUUCCUAUUGUAACGACAGCGAAAUGGUCACAAAUCAGAUUUGUAACACUGAAAACUGCCCUGAAUGGAUCUUGGCCGAAAAUUCAUCUUGCUCAUCAGUUUGCGGUGGAGGUUAUCGAAAUCUAACCUAUUAUUGUACCCUCGAUGGUAGGAUUCACGAUAAUCAUGAUUGUGAUUUGAGUAAGAAACCUGACGAUAGGGAAAUUUGUAACGAACAGGACUGCGGAAUUUGGGCGCCGUUAAAUAGUUAUCAUCCAUGUUCUGUUACUUGCGGUAUGGGAAUCGAAAGGAGGAUGUUCGUUUGCAUGAAACCGGAUUAUUCUGGAACUUUAGAUGAUAUAUAUUGUAAAAAUCUUUUGUUACCUACAGAGACCAGAAUGUGUACUAAACCGCCGUGUGAAUCCUAUCCGUUUUAUACUAGAAGAGGUUCUAUAAUUAAUGAUGUCGACAAUACCAUAAUGGGAAAUUCUUUUUCUACAUACCACACCUACAGAUGGGUUGCGGAAGAUUGGUCAGAUUGUUCUGAAACUUGUGGUGAUAACGGAAGGAAAAAACAAUUAUUUAGAUGUUUGGAUAAUGCGGGAAUAGAAAAUUACCACAUGUGCGACCCCAAUUUGAAGCCCAACAACGUCAGGAGAUGUAAUCAAAGUCCUUGUCCUAGAUGGAUAACUGGAGAUUGGAGUCCUAACUGUGAUGGCAACUGUGAAAAAUACAGACAAGUCAAAUGUGCAGAUCAUUUAGGUCACAUCAUUGAGGAUUAUCAUUGUGAUAAUUCCAAUAAACCAAAGAAUUCAACGAAAUGUAAGUUGUCGGAAUGUCCCCAUAUCACCAACGCAGUAUCAAGAAGAUACUUCGAUUCAUCGGAAAAGGGUGAGGUACGAUAUAAGUGGAAAGUAGGAAAAUGGAAACCAUGCUCCAACUUAUGUGGCAAAGGUACUAGGAGACGUCACGUAGAGUGCGAGGAUGUGCUUAACGACAUCACCGUAGUUGACACUUUAUGCAGACAUUUGAAAAAACCACAAAUCACCAAGUCUUGCGAACGAUACAGCUGCAAAUAUGCGUGGAUUGAAGGGUAUUGGUCAGCUUGUUCCGCUUCCUGCGGUGACGGUAUCAAAAAACGAAAUGUCACUUGUCAUCGAGUAUACAAAGGAGGUGCCAUAGAUCCAGUACCGUUACCGGAUAUAUAUCAGAACAAAAUUAAUCAUCAGAAUUACUGUUCGAUUUAUAAUAAACCAACCACGACUGCUAAAUGCAUUUUAUCAUACUGCGGAGACCAAUACGUAUGGAAACCGGAACCGUGGAGACAAUGUUCGCAUCAUUGCGGUAAAAAAGGUCGUCAGAUCCGAUUGGUACCUUGCGUGAAUAUUCGGAACAAUCAAAGAGUAGAAAAAUCAUAUUGUCGCGCCAAUCUGAGACCGCCGAGGAAAAGAAAAUGCAACCAAUGGAGAUGUUUGCACAAAAGCUGCAAGGAAUUGAAAAGAGCCACGGGAACGAAAGUCAACAAGGAUUACAUCAUUUCCAUACAGGGACGACCAGUUAAUAUCCAUUGUUAUAAAAUGGACACGCCUGAACCGUUGGAAUACAUCAGUUUGAAUUCUGAUACUACUAAUUAUGCGGAGAUGUACGACAAAAGAUUGAAAAAUAUUGCUUCGUGUCCGUACGGUGGCCAAAGGAGGGACGGUUGUAAAUGCGAUCUUAUCGGUCCGGACAGAUCCGGUUUCACGAAAUUUUGGAAAGUACGACUGAACAUAACCUCGCUUAAAAUAAUACCUGACGAUUUCACAUUCUCGAAACAACUGAAAGGCAAAAAAAUCCCUUACGGAACGGCCGGCGAUUGUUACAGUUCAGUACAAGAUUGCGCCCAGGGUAAAUUCGAAGUCGAUUUAACCCAUACGUCAUUCAAGUUGGCGAAUAACGUUCGAUGGGAGGCGCAGGGACCAAACAGUUCGGCAAAAAUAAGAAAAACCGAUACACGAGUAACCGGUAAAUGUGGUGGUUAUUGCGGAAAUUGUAUACCUGAUCCGAACAUCGGUUUAGCUGUCGAAAUAACUUAAACGUUACUUAUAUACGUUUUGAGAGGAGGCUUGAGACCAAAAAAAAGUGUCGAAUAAAAGGAGGACUAGAAAAAUGUCACAUCGAAGAGCAUUCCCGAUCAAACUUUUACUAGAUAUGAAGAAGUGGUGCACAUAUUUCUAGUUGUCCAUUGUAUUUUGUCCCAAGAAAGGUUGUAAUAUUCAGAAUUUGCAUCCAAUGGGCGGUGGAGCGACAAUAUUUUUUUUGUCUAUUACAACUGACACUAUAGGUAGAAAAAAAACUAGCUUUUAUUUUAUUUGAAUUAUUGAAGAUUAUUAUGUGAUAAUCUCAUUGAACUGUCACUUUUGGGACGGUCCUGUAAGUUGGUAACAAUGAUAAUUACCUCUCCCUUCCCAAUUACACAAUUAAUUAAUUUUAUUUACGAAAUAUUAUCAACAAGAGAAAAUAUUAGAUAAAAGUAACUAAAAAAGUAAUUGACAGAAAAAAAUUAAAAUAAAUAAAAUAUUCUUAUACUGGGACCAUAUUUUUCCGAAAAAAUUGAAGAAAAGUAAAAAAAAUCAAUUCCAAAUCAGUGCUUCCUCUUUCAACAAUCAUUAAUAACCUCUUCAACGUUUAAAUCAAAGGUUCUCAUUGCCUUGGCUUCAAUAGACCCCCGCUACUACAUUUCAACUAAAUUCCCAAAACUCGUAAACAAAUAUGAAGAUUUAACAAUAUCCAUUUGCUUAAAGAGUCUCUUUCCUGGGCUCUGGGUGUUCGCCUGGACCACUCGUUCACUUGGACCACUAUAGAAACCACUUAUCUAACGAUAGAAAUUUGUAUAAACCCCUGUCGAGGCUCUCCCUUGGAUCUCUGGAAUUUGACCUGGAUCGCUGUAAGAAUCACUGAUCUAUAGAUGGGAUCUAUGCAGACUCCUUCUCCAGGAAACUUGAUAGUUCACCUAGACCACUACUGUUCUAACAACCGAACUUUGUAUUGACCCCUUUCGAGUUUCUAGAGAGUCAACUGGACCACUUUAGAAAUAACUGAUGUACCGAUGGAAAUUUGAAAAGAUCCCUGUUGAGACUCUCUCCAAGACCCUGGAGGUUUACCUAACAGCUUUCGAAACCACUUGUAUAAACCCCUAUCAAGUCUUACCCCUGGAUCUCUGGAAUUUGACCUGGAUCACUGUAAGAAUCACUGAUCUAUAGAUGGUAUUUAUGCAGACUCCUGUCGAAUCCUUCUCCAGGGCACCUGGGAGUUCACCUAUACCACUACUGUUCUAACAACCGAACAGAACACCUGGACCACUAUAGAACAAACUAAUGAGGCGAUGGAAAUCUCAACAGACCCCUGUCGAGUCUCUCUCCCAAUACCUCUGGUGGUUCACCUUGACAGCUUUAAAAACCUUAUUUAACGAUAGAAAUUUGUAUAAACCCUUGUAGAAUCCCUCUGGGAGUUUAACAAUAAGAUUUUGUGAAGAUUCUUGUUGUGUCUCUAUCCAGAACCUUUGGUGGUUCACCUGGAUCAUUUGAGGAAUCACUGAUUUGAAUAUAUACACUCGAAAGGGUCAUUUGUACCAGAGGUACUUUGAGAGAGUCAAGUUUUUUUAUACAUUUUAGUCGAUGACUCUUUUCAACUACCCUUAAUCUUCUUAUAAUGGAUUGAUCUUUAUUUUGGGGGAGUUGCACAUUUCUGAAAACAAAUGGUAUAUUUUAUUAUAAAAAAAAAUUCCAAAAAAGUUUUUUUAGUAAUGUAAAUCCAAGUGGGUGUUUUUCAAGAUGGCGGCUGACGCGGGGGCUCCCCCAUGACGCCCACAGUUCUCUGGAACUUUGUAUUACGAGCCUACAUUUUUUGUUAUGGCGCUUGGCAAAUAAACGAAAGAGUCAACUGAUAUUCCCAAAAUAAAAUAAAAGCUAGUUAUAAUAUAAAAUGACAAUUUUUUUGCUAAAAACAACACAUUGUGUUAGCUUGUAAUCACAGAAUACACCGCUUAGAUCAACUAAGAAGACUUCAAUCGUAUUAUUAUUUAAAAAAAAUCGUACAGUUUAAGACAAAAAUAAGGAAAGUAUCUUUUAAUUUAUUGAUGACUUUUAGGGUUUCUUAUUUUUGAUCUACAACGUACAACUGUCCAGUAUUGUAGUAUUAGAUAAAAUCCGAACGAAAGUUUGAUAUAUGGUAUUGGAAAAUAUUUUACGGAAUAUAAAAAAUGUCGAUGUAAAAUCGCCAAACAGAAUAAUUCCACUCUAAUUAGGUAUUCUACCUAUUAGUAUCGGAAUAAAUCAAUAUCAAAACAAGAUCUACUAGUUUUAAAUGGAAAUUUUUUUAAUCGAUAUUAUUUCUGUCAAAACAUGCCAAUAGAAAAUCGCUAACCAAGUGAAGUCCAAUCAAUUCGAUAAAAUAUUCCACUGGGUACCACUCUUUAGGUAUUCUAGGUAUUAGAAUCGGAAUAGAUCAGUAUCAAAACAAGAUCUUCUAGUUCCAAAAGGAAAUUUGUUGAAUCAAGAUUAUUUUUGUCAAAAGAUGUCGCAAUUUAUUAAAAAAAUACCCUCAAACUAAAUAAAACAAUAGAUACCUCAUAUGUUAAACAAAAUAAAAGAAUGUCCCCCAAUAUUAAGUUAUCAGGAGUGAAGUAAGGGAAGUUAUGUUAGAUUUGAACACCUAGAAUAAACGCAUAUAAAAUAGAAGAUAUAGAAAAUUGUUCAUAAAACAGUCGAGUAUGUAAAUAUGUCAAAUAGAAAUGACAAAAAAUCAGGUGGGGAUUAAUAAGGGACUAUUCUUUUCAUUAGUUUUUCGAGAUUUGUAGCCCUUUCAAAGUCAUAUCUUUAAAAAUUUCAUUUUAAAUAGCCCCAAUGAAAAAAAAAUCGUUUGGAUAUAAAUCUGUUGAUCACGGAGGCCGCAAUAACCAUUUUUUUCAUCUUUAUUAUAAUUUAUCUGGCGUUCUCUUUCUGGUAUAUUGUAAAUAAGUUAAUUACAUCGACAUUCCUAUGUUCCGUAAGAUUUUAUACAACAACGUAUAUAUACUAAGUAGGUUUAAAAACAACUGCCAUGCCAAAAUACUUCCUUUAUCAGAUCUAAAUGGAUUUGUAAUUUAUUCUAUCGAAUAUUUUUGUCGACUAUCAACUAGAGAAUAAUUUAUUGGACGGAAAGUGUCUAGUAACAUAAUUCACAAUCAUUCAAUCAGUAAUUUUUUUUAAUCUGAUAUUUUAAAGAUGGAAAGUGAAUCUAAUUUCGAAUCCUGCUACCCAAUUGAGUAAACAAUAUUUUAGAAAGUAUAUAAAAAAGUUUUCGGUUUUAGAAAAGAGGUAAUAAAAUUAUUAAACAGACCUUUAAUCUACUCUGACUUGAUCGUUUAGUGUUUGAAUUUCAUUUCUAAAACUACUAAGGGGUUUUGGUGUACAGUUAUUUGAUAUAAGACACAAUUACUGUCCCACAGUGCCAUAGGUAGACCUCCCCUGUCCAUAGUAUAGUAUAAUCUCGCCCCUUCUAUCUGUUCCGCUAACCCAAUCCUCUAUCUACAAUGGUAACUAAGAUCCAUUGUAGCCAACUCAAUUGUAGCCAAAGGAUCGACUCAAUUUGGUCCCUUUCCUCUCUGAAUUAUGGGGUGUUGGUUACCUAGUUGAAAAUUAGAAAUAUUUCCGCAUGUUACAUUUUUUUGCAGAAACAUUUUUCAUCUAUACCCUUUAUGGAAAAUUCAUUGUCAUAUUUUUCUAUUUUCUGCAACAAGGGAAAAAACCUACACAAAUUCUGAACUCAUUGCUUUGGUCAGAAAAAUUUAAAUAAACCAAAAAUGACAAUCUACAAGAAGAAAAAGAUGUUGAACAAGGAAUUGCCAAAAGUAACAGCUGUGCAGGUAGCCUCAGAAGAAAGAGAUAUCCAGAUCUGCGAAAAUUCGAAUUUAUCAAAUAAUUUUGAGACCCACCCUGUGAAACCUGGAUAAUGACGAAUAAAACUAAACAGAAAUUUGAAAUCUGGGAGAAAGAAAUGCUAAGAAGAAUUUUUGGAGGAAAGCAGACAGUUAGGAUGGGAGAUGAGAUCAAACCAUGAUAUUCAAACGCUUUUCAUUGAGCCACCAAUCAGCGCGAUCAUAAACAAAAGGCUAAGUCAGUUAGAACGAAUGAACAAAGACAGACUUUUGAAGCAAGUUGCAUGGAAGAUACCA